GCCAGCCAAGAUGGAGUUAUUUUGGUGGCUACUGUUACUUCACAAGUCGAGCAUGCGCCUCGUGGCUGACCGCGGAGUCAAACUGUUCUACGAUGAGUUCCAAUUUGGUAACGGUUCACAAUCAAGAAGAAAAUGUCUACAUUCAACACCGUCACAACGGAGAGAGAUCUUGGAUUGGACUCAAUGACCGAAGUGUGGAGGGCUCCUUUGUGUGGACAAACAAAGAAAUAAGUAGUUUUAGGUUCUGGGCCCCACAGCAACCGAAUGACAGGAAAAACGAAGACUGUGUUCACACUCUUGGAGCCAAGCAUGGUUACGCUUGGAAUGAUGUGCCUUGUCAUAACUGCUAUAAUUAUACUUGUUUUAAAGGUACGCGUCAUAGUAAGAUUCAUAUCUUUGUUAAUCCCCAUGAACCAGAAAGGCUUCUAGACAUUUUUAAAAAACGAAGACUGUGUUCACACUCUUGGAGCCAAGCAUGGUUAUGCUUGGAAUGAUGUGCCUUGUCAUAACUGCUAUAAUUAUACUUGUUUUGAAGGUACGAGGCAUAGUAAGAUUUAUAUCUUUGUUAAUCCCCAUGAACCAGAAAGGCUUCUAGACAUUUUUAAAAAUGUAUUUUUUUAAUUCAACAAGUACAUUUUGCAUAAAAAAAUGUCCAUUUAAACCAAAAAAUGGCCACAAGGGCCUAAAAUCGGAAUCACAAAUUGAUUUAAAGAAAUAUUGGACGUCGAAUUUACAUUCCACUAUUUUGUCUAGGAAAACGUUCCGUUGACGUUCGGCGGAUAUUAGGGACCUUACGAAACUACGACAACUACGGCGACGGCAAUGUCAAAAAGCCGGCAAUAGGUUUAGUUAGCAAAACAACAACUCUGCACGUGCAUAACGCUUUUUUGUACUGUAACAUUUCUUUGCCUUCCGUGCACGACUACGGCGUGAAAUGACCUCAAGGUUUUUUGAGGACGGGAACGGCAAGCGAUAAAUUCUACCAUCUCUGUCUGAAAUCGGGUGCGGCCCCCUCUCCAGCUCCAACAUAAAUUUCCUUCUUUUAAGUAACUGGGAGACUUGGGAUAAUCGCAAAAUUGUUUGGAAGGAUGCGGAGUCUACUUUUCAGCGAGGUUUUUAUGGACGUCGCCGUUGUCGGAUCGUAAGGUCCCUAUUUUCCACUGUAACGACGGGAAAAGUCGUGCUGGCCUCUAUUUUGGUUUCAAGACACUUCUUUGCAAAUGUUUAACAAAAGUGAGUGCAGGGUAUAGCUGACGACCCUUUUUCGCAUGUUCCUUCUUUCUGGCAUUUUAUUUUCCCUUGCUAGCGCGCGUUAAUUACUCAAAUACCUUACAGAAUAUAAAACUGUCCUUUUUAAACAGGCUUCAUUAACUAAAAAGUCAUUUGGUUUCUACAAGAAGUCUCUGCGUGCUUUCUUUUAUAGACUUGGAUGAAUGUACCACUGGUUCGGAUUCCUGUGACGUCAAUUCUGUAUGCCAGAAUACCGUGGGUUCAUACACAUGCUCGUGUAAUGCUGGGUACACAGGAGAUGGAAAACCUUGCAAUGGUAUUUAAAAUACAGUCGAACCUUCCUGUGAGACUACAGAGGCGGAUCCACGGGGAGGGUUGACUGGGUUGUAGCCCCCCCCUCCCCCCGGGAAGUUUUCAAACUUGUCUGACUAUCCAGGUCUAUCCCUUACCAAAAAAUAGUAUGAUAAGUUAUAAUUUAAGUUCCAGUCCAAACGAUAAUUACAAGAAGACUGUAGCUAUUCCUCUUCUCGACCCCUUAAUCAUCAUCUGACGAAGAUCGUCACGCCCGCCAUCUGCUUUGUCUCGUGCCAUCGAUUACAGUAAAUAAGGCACUGCAGAUGGAUGGUGAAGUAGGUCCUGGGAGAAAGACAUUUCAUUUCUCAAAUCCCUGGGAAAUUAGGUACGUAGAUGGAAAACACUCUGACUGGCAUUCAAAAGAUAGGGAGCUUCCAAAAAACCUUUUAUUAGCAUUUGGUGUUUGCGAUGAAGAUGAUUUUCCAAACAUCUAUCGCCCUCUGCUCAAUGCCUGCACCCUACCGAUCACAAGUGCAGAAGCUGAGCGAUCGUUUUCACUGAUGAAAUGAAUCAAGACCUGCUCUAGGUCAACAAUGCCUAAAGAGCGAUUAUCUGAUCUCGCAGUGAACGCUAUAGUAUACUACUCCGAGAGAUUCGAGGUAGACAAGAUAUGCCAAGCCUUUGUAAAGGCUCAUCCAAGAAGCUCUUUCAAGCUAGCGCUAGUCUGUUUGAUUAAAUAGGAGAGUGGAAAGAAGACAAACAACUAUCGUUGUUGCACUGUACUCAUAGUCCUUAACAAUAGUGCCGCAAAUUUAUACCUCUGAAAGCAAAACGAAGAAAAUCUACACAUUCUAUAGCCUCCCACGCAAACGUUCUUAGGGGAGGAAAGAUUGCGUGACGAACCCCUAAGAACGUUUGCGUGGGAGGUUACACAUUCUACAUAUUCAAACAUAACGCUAACCCUAACCCUAACUCUCCCACCUCCGGCAUUCCUUUGGCCCUGGGACGUUUGUCUUGAACUCCCAUACUUACAAAACCCUCUUUGAAAAAAUCCUGCAUGCGCCCCUAGACUACCCCUCUUCCCAUAAGCGGAGAUGGAAUUACAAAGAUUGUAACCUUGAAAUUCCGUAAAAUAAAUUAUUUUCCAAAAAAAAAAAAAAUUGGGGAGGGGUGGGGGGAGCUGACUAAUCGGAAAUACCUCCUGUUGUCCGAUCCUCGCAAGCGACCAUCUCCCGUAAGGGACCACUAAAUGUUCGUAUUUUGGGUGGUCGCUAAGGGAGGAUCGACAGUAAUAAUUAAAGAAGACAAGCUCAACACUGUCAUGUCGUUAGUACAUGUCGUGUUUGGUAAAGAGCCUAAAACCAGAUUUUGUAAAAGCAACAAUCAAAUGAAUACACGACCUUAUAGUUAUAAUAUCAGUGAUUCUAACGCCCUACGCAAUUUACUCGUUCUCAUGCAGAUAUCGACGAGUGUUCUACCAACUCUCACAGUUGUGACGUCAAUGCGGUGUGUAGCAAUACGGCAGGAUCGUACGAAUGCGCAUGUAAAGCAGGAUUUACAGGCGAUGGAAAAACUUGCUCCGGUAAGCUGCUGUGGCAAUGUCAACUUGACUUUCAGAACGAUGUAAAUGUGAUUCUAUGCCCCUCUAUUUGCUAUAUUCACUCAGUACAUGAAAAAAUGUCAAGAAAAAAGAAAAAGGAAAAGAAAAAAAAGAUGGACAUGACAUAAAUGAUAUAAAAUUCCAAUUCAAGUAAAACAAAACACAACAAGCUUAAAAGAAGUUGCAGAAAAUAACUAAAUAUAAAUAAGUAUAAUGACCUCAGCCGGGGUCACUUUUACCAAAAAAUACUUUAUUUAAUGGUAUUGCAACUGAGCUAAUAGGGGCACUUUGCCCGUAUUAUAUGUUAUGAAAAUCGCUUUGGCUCGUUAUGCAUUUAAGCAAGGAUUACUUCCUGUUUUUUUUUAUUAUUAUUAUUCCAUACUAUGUGUCUCACUCGUAAUAUUUUGCUACAAGACAUUUUUAGUUAAGUGGGAUUAAUAACAAGAAUAUGUGACCUUACCGAUCACAGGAUUCGGUGCAUGACUUACGAGAAGGUUUCGAUCCUCACUUUUUUCCCUAGAUAUCGACGAGUGCUCUACCAACUCUCACAUUUGUGACGUUAAUGCUGUGUGUAGUAAUAAUGUGGGAUCUUACGCAUGCGCAUGUAAAGCAGGAUUUACAGGCAAUGGAUACACCUGCACUGGUGAGCCGUUUAAGUCUAAUGUAAAACGUUUUUUGUUUGACAUGUUUGUUUUUAAAUGUACUCUUCUUGCCCUUUCAAUAAAGUUUUUGGUUAGAUGGGAACAAAUUACAGUAAAAAUGACCGCUUAGAGUAAGCUAACAGAGAAGCAAUAAAUAAAAAUAAAGUUCAGGUGCCAGUUGUACAAAAGCUGUAUAGCGCCAUCCAACGGAUAAAUCACUGUUCAGUAGAUAAGGAGUAGGGAUCAACUGCGCUAUCCACUGGAUAGAGAUUUGUUGAGUGGAUAGGGUUAUCUAUCUUUUGAACAACAAGGGCCAGUUCGGCAAGAUGCGCAAAGUUGUAAGACGUGCGUAAAUGCCUUUGUAUUUUUGUCCAAUAAGUGCAACAAAAUCGAUUGUUUAAGCCUGCGACCCCUUUUUCUUUUUUUUCUUUCUCUAUCAAGCAUGAAAUUAUUAAGAAUCCUUCAGGAAACGGGGUAAUUUCAAUUUUCAGUGGACCAAACCCUCGUACCAGAAUAAUUUAAACGAUAUUGCAUUCUUUUUUUAUUACUUUCAAGGGCUAUUAAUAGUAAGUUAUACAUUGUAAUUAGUUAUCUGAAAUAACACCAAAUACUAUUUCUCAUGGGAACCCGAGAAAAUAAAAUGUCAAAUUUCACAACAAUUGUGAAAACACAGGUAAAAUUCUGAAAAUUUCAUGUGUAAGAUGUUUUUUUGUGAAAUUUGACAUAUAUUAUCUCUGGCUCUCAUAAGAAAUUACCUUUGGUGUUACAUGUGUUACAGAUAACCAGUAAUUACAUCUAUAGCCCUUGAAAUAUGUCAAAAAGAAUGCGAUAUUGUAUAAAUUAUUCUGGUGCAAGAUUUUUGUCCACUGACUGAAAUCAAAUUACUCAGUUUCCUUAUGGAUUCCACCUUAAUUCUGUUUAACUUGUUUCCUCUUUGCAAAGAAAACGGUUAUACAGGUUAUGAUUACACUUAAUUUUAUUGUUCCUUUUUUGUAGAUAUUGACGAGUGCACCAGCGGUACCCACAACUGCCACAGUUCACUUGCUUCAUGUACAAACACAGCGGGAUCCUUUAGUUGUACAUGUAACAGUCCUUACCUCGGAGAUGGCAGAAGUUGCUAUAUACCAUCAGGUGAUAAUUCGCCGAAUAUUACCGGGAGAUGUCUAUUCACUAGACCCUCAUUUACAUUUGUUAGAAGCGCAUUAUUCCGGGGGGGGGGGAAAUCCUUAAGUAGAUUUUUGCUGGGUAUGUGCCGCUGGCCUCUCGGAGCCGCUACCCUCUUAUAGUCUGAACCCAUCUUAGUCACUUUUAGGCAAAUAUGUAAUUUUCGUGAUCCCAACUUAGUCACUUUCUAUUUCAAUGAACUGACCAAUAUUUUAAACUAAAUGAAGAACACUUUACUUUUAACCUACAGUACAAACAUCCUGGUACCUUUUCUAACCGUAAAUACGAAGAACUGUCUUACACCAAGAAAUACGAAAAUGUGCGACCCCAUUCUAGUAACUCUGUUGAAGAUGCGACCCCAUCCAGCUGCACAUCCCCAUUAGCCUCCUAUAAGGAAGUACCCCUCCUCCCGGGACAUUACUCUGACGGGGCUUCAGUUGAACGUUAAUAUUACCCAGAUCUCUUGCCGACGAAGCCAAAAGCGAGAUCUGGUCAAUUAAUCAAAUUCAAUUUUCUUUUUUACUACCCACUUAAACGGCCUAUAUAACGUUAUAGUGGGGGAGUAACAUAAGUAUUGUCAUCAGCGCGCGCUACUGUGUCUGCAAUUCAUUUUUCACAAAAUCUUUUUCUUGUCGUUCCCCCUUUUGCUUGCCUCAUUACGAUGCACGAAUAGGUGUAUCGAACAUGACCAGCUUUGCACAAUACAAGUCCCAUUGACGAACAAGAGAAUGGAAAAGUUUCCUUUUUAAGAUUUCUUAUAUAUUAAGUAAAUUCUUGAAUUGUAACAGUUUACUUACUAGUGACCUCUAUUAUGUAGGGAUCGGAUCGUCCAUCAUUCUCCUUCCCAGAGCUUAGCUUCGAUCCUUUUGCGGGUCAGCGUCGGCUAUUCGUGCUGACCAAACGAAGAAUGAUCGUCCAGUAAUGCCUUGUUAGAUUGUGGUUAUACUCGUUUCGUACCUACUAGAUUAAGCCAGCCUUUCAAAUACUGUUAGAGUUUCCUACAUUUCUGGGUUUUAUUGUCUCCUGCAACUUCUCAUGUUGAGCAGUAUUUCAAGAUCGCAGCUUGGGGAUUAACGGACUAAUUCUUAUAGACAUACUGCAGUAAUGCACUGCACGCAUAAUGGUAGUUUCUUGGUGACGCGUAGAAGAAAACUAAUCAAUACCCACAACACAAAACAAAAGCGUCGGUUUCCGCAACACCAAGAAGCACCCAAGAUAAAAUACUGAGUUCAGUACUCCAUAGAAAAGUACAAGAGUACGAUUUUUAGCCCCGACUUGAGCAAGAAAAUAGAAGAGGAACAAAAACAUUACGACAACAACCACAUAAGCUGCCAUGAACUGAUCGGAUGGGCUCAUGAUCAGUAGCCAAUUCAAAACUUUGAGCAUCAUCGAUCAAAGGGUUCUUGAUCCAUCUUUUGCGAGAGAUAAAGAGGCUUCACUAUCAGAAAUCUAUGAAAAUGGCGCGUUGUAAAUCCGUUGCACAAGGCGAAUAGUACUGGGGUGCUGCAUUAUACUUAAAAGGUUUAACCAGCAAAAAUCACUUUGUCUUUAGACCCUUCUCACGAAAAUAGUUUAAACAGAAGCAGGGGAGUGAGACUGGAAGGGGCCAGAAGCCAGAAAUCUUGUUUCUUCCCAGUAUUACUUAUUCAAAAUUUUACCGUUUCUGAAUUUCUGUCCCGCCGCUAAAUCCUCACAACCGGCACACGGUUACCAUAUUUGGAGGCCGAUGUAGACAGUACCCAAUCGAUGGCAUGCUCCUCCUCGAUCUGCAUAAUUCUUCACAUCAUACUCAGCUUCAUUCAAUAACUGUUAGAUAUAAGAAAUCAUGGUUUGUGACUCAGUAAGGUUCUCAAUAGAAGAGGAAAACUUUCAUUGUUUCCGCCAUGUUAAGGCGGGGAGUCGAAAAAUCAUCCACAUUGAUCACAACAGUUUAUUCAUCAAGCCAAGAAUAAGUCGGUGAAGUGAGACGCAAACAAUUCUUACAUGUACCAGUCACUGACCGGUUUGCAAUUCCGCAAGACUUAUCAAUUCCCAUUAUGUCGCGUCGCAUCGCAGUUAGAUGUAGUGACACUCUAUUGGAACGUUUUUCCCUCUUGUUCGAUUCAGGAUAACUGUGGAAAUUUCUGUAAUUUGGAUAGCUGUUUUGCGAAGGCAGGUAGACGCUUAUGGCCUGUUUACAUGGAGGUGAGGGUCCCCAGGUUAGUAAGGUGACCCGCUUAGGUAGGGUAACCUGCCUGUCCAUACAAUCUCUCAUAUGGUUACCCCCACCUAUCCUAUAAACUUGAUCAAAUUAAAAUGAGAGAUUAUAUGGACAGGCGGGUUAACCACCUACACGUGAACAGGUCUUUAAACUGUGUACUUGAGGUUGUGCAAUGUAUUUGCAAUUGCAUAAUUAUAUCGGGCCAACCUUUGUUACUGUGACUGCUUUUGUGUUCCCAUUUUAUUAAUGUUCUUUUUAGUUAAAAAGAGAAAACCGUUAUUUAGCAAUCCUAUUGAAGUGAAAUAUUUAGUAACAGUAAUAUUUUAUCAGCCUACCCCUUAAAACGGCUUUUCAGCCGACUUUAAAAUUGCAAUCUGAUAAUUAACGUUACAAUAGGUGAAAUGUUUUGGGAAAAAAACAUGAAAUAAGGAAAUGACGCUUCUUCACUUCAGCCUUAAGCUGUUCGAGAUUCUUCUAUAUUACCUGGAGAUUCUGCAAAGUCAUUCCGGAGGCGGACUGCUCAUUGACGCUGAUCAUGACCGGCAGUCAGUCUAAAGGAAGGCACGUCUAACUUGUUUCUGUUUUCGAUAUUACGAGAGUGCGCAUGGACCAUUUUCUUAAACCUGUUACAGAUAUAAGGGACUGGUGUUGAAGGCACAAAUGUAAUAACUGGUCACAAAUGUAAUAAAGGUCACAAGGGUAAUAACAUUUGGUCACAAAUGUAAUAACAGGGAGGGAGAAAGCGAAAGGCAAAUUAAAAAACUUGAGUGGACGGUGAAAGUCUUUUGUCUGAGCUUCGCAAGCUAUUAUUAAGCUUUGGGAACAGCACGAUCUGCGAAAUACUCGACAGGUAUGUAAAGUUUCGGAUAGUUUGGAACCUUUAAUGUUAAGCGAGAUAGAGGCCGGAAAAUGCCUCAAAUAGCUCUUCUUGAUGGCAUCAGACGCACGGCUGCGAAGGAGACCAGAAUUGAUUAAGCACGAUAGGUUACCCUCAUACGAAUUACAUGUAAACUUGCUAAUUGGCUUAUGACGGCAUUGAGAAGUUUCAACAUGCGACUGUAGUGUCACCUGUUCGUCACACAGUCCUGGCGGAAAUUUUAUUGUUGCAAUAUAGUGAAAUAAGGACUUACGAGAGCCUAUAACUUCAAAACAAUGGUUUAAUUUCAUUAAAUCUGAAGAUUAACUUACAACCUUGAAAAAGAAAGGCUUAAGGUUAUCAAAUUAGGACUUCGAAUUGCUUUCCUGCUAUACAUGGCAGGGAAACUGUAGUUGUGCAUACAAAAAAGUAUGGGACCGAACAUCAGUCCUAUUAAUUAAUACACCAAGCACGAAUUUUCUCUGAGAAGAACACAGUUUUUGAUCUAAUCAGUCUUAGGCAAAUCUAAAAAAGAAGCUUCCUUAUUUGGCGUUAAACGAGGAACAUAUGUUCUUCUUUGGUUGGCACGCUUUUCUAUUUACAUGUGUUUACAAUAUUCUUCCAAAAAAUGCCAGAUAUUGCAAACCAUCCAAAUUCUAGAGGAACUAACCUCACCCAUGCAUGAUACCAUUUAGAAGAUUUAAAAACUGCCCGAAGGCGUUCAACAGCACUACUGCAUCUCACCUUCAGCAUUCCUAGUUUCCUUAUGCUUAUGAAGACUGUUUUUUCUGCAAGUUCUGGAAUGUAUACCGUAGGGCAAGGCAUCUUGUCUACUGUUUCUCUGAAGAAGGUAUUUACACCUCGUAGGGAUGUUCUCAUAAACGGAAGGGACUUUAAGGUAAUCUUAAUGAUAAUUUCUAGGACGUCGUUGUUUAAAAAUUGCCCUGUGUAUCCUGAUCCUACUCCAUUCUGUAGCUCGUCAUUUUUGUCCGCGUGACUUAUACCUUCACUUACUGUAUCCCCCCUACUUCUGUCAACUUGCUCCGUGUCCCCGUCAAUUCUGAGAACAUAACCUUCAUCCUCUUUAUCUUUGCCUGAUACUCACAAGGAACCUCAAGGCCAAUUCUACACCAACUCUCUUUACUCGUUUCCCGUUGAUUAUAACCUUUCCAUUGUUGAGUAGUCAGAACGUUUUUUUGGAUCCUUUAUAUUGUUAGGUUCGGCAUGAGUGUAUAAAAGUCUCCCAAUCUUGGUUCCCACUCAGCCUACUCGUGAUAUCCCCUAAGGAAAGAGUUUAACUAUACAAUUUCCUGUGACAUUUUAGCCAUUCAGCUCACCUUUGAUUUGAUGUGAUAUCUUCUGAAAUUUUUUAAAACUUUUUACUCGUGCACAGUGUGGUGUAAAUGCGUAGGAGAGAAUGUCCUCUGUGGGAUUUUAGAUUUUGUUGUGAUUUUAAUUUGUUUUAGCUUAGUACAGAUGUUUAUUACAAUUGUGACCAAAUGUUAUUACACUUGUGAACUUUAUUACAUUUGUGAACAAAUUUUAUUACACUUGUGACCUUUAUUACAUUUGUGACCAGUUAUUACAUUUGUGCCUUCAACCUGGGCAAGUCCCUUAACAUGUGUUAAAUAAACUCGUAUUUUUUUAAGGCUUGUCACAAAACGCAAGGCACGCGUUUUAUCACUGGUUAAAAAAUCUUACGCUUAUUACGCUCGAAUGUUAAACCGGUGAUAAAACACUGCUGUUCGUGCUUUAAACAUUACUAAACACAGAACGCUUUCAGACUAGAAAACGAUUGUUUUUCCUUUUCCUACAUUGAGAUACAUUACCUUAGAAUUAAACACCAAAAACCAUUCACCAAAAUUUGACAAAUAACUUGAGCGAAAUGGAAUAAGAGUGAUAAAAAUUAAUUUGAAACAGCGUGAAUACACUUUUUUGUGGGGUUUUCGCUCAAUGCCGUCGCAGUCGUGGUUGCUUAAUAUGCUCCUUAUAUGGAAAGAGACCGUGACUGAUAGGAAGAUCGGGUAUGCCAAAUAUGGAGAAUAUGGACUCUACGCCAUUUAAAGGGAGGGCAUCAUGCCACUAGCACGCAAUCUCAGAACGAAAAAAACUUUAUAGGCGUUUGUUAUUUUGCGCGUUUCAGCCUAAUCUUUAUAAUGAUAACAAGCUUCAAGCGUAUCUGACACAAACUCGAGCUUUCUUUCAUUAAGGGAAGCUCUGCAGCAAAAGUGUAGCUCGCUGCUUUGCGUUAUAUGCUCUAUGAGAUCUCUUGACGCACACGGAUCCGUGCAGAAGAAGACAAUGAAAUUGCGUGAAAAGGGCAGGUAAUUAAGGAAAAAUUCAAACAGGAGUAGUUCAUACUUCCUUUUGAGUCCAUGGGCAUCCUUACUUAAGGGAUUUUGAAACUCGACCUUGGUGCCAAUGUUCCAAGGCAACCUUCUAGCUCCUUUUUUUUUUUGUACAGUUACAAACGUAUAAAGUCAAAGUCUCUUAUUACCGACACUACAACGCGCGGGAAUUGUGCGUUGUUUAGUUAGGCACGUUUUCAUAAACUAGUUAUUUUUUACAAUAACUGAGUUAUUCCUUACGCGCUGAUUGGCUAAUUUCUGUCAUUAAUAAGAGGAGGGAUAUAAAAUUUUAAUUUUUGCAGCACGGAACACCGGCUUAAUACGAACACCGUAUAUAACUGGCAGUUUCUAAAACUUACUCGCUUAAUGCGGACACUGGUUAAUGCGGAUAACGGAGUUACACUUUUUUGUGUCCCGAGGCACAAACUCUCAUACAUUGUCAACCCCUGCUAUUUACGGACAUUGGUUAUCAGCGCACCGUCCAUUUUCCUUGUCACAAUCACGUGCUAAUUAUAGGCGUCGUACACUGUUCAAACAAUGAAAGAUUUCUUUAGGUUUAAGUACCAAAAUAGCAUUGUAAUUUGUUUGAUUUUAAGUCAGUCUUUCUUCCCGUGUUUGACCCUUGUGCUAUAUAUAGCCACUGAAUAAUUUUUUCCGCCUCCUACUACACAAGUUUCACCUCCUUGGCUUUUCGCCGCAGUCAUUGUUCCUACCCUUCUUUAUCUUUGCCUUAGUCUUUAUUUCAAUACAACAUGUGUCCGGGACGUUUCCUCGGAGAUACGGCCAUUCGGAUGACGGGACACCACGGCAUGUCCCCUAAUUAAGUGUUUCUAUUAACCGAGUGCUACUGUAGUUUCUUUUUGAGAAGUAAAAUAUUUUUUACUGAUCCUUUUUUCCAAGCUUUUACUUGUUUACAGUAAAAGGUAAAUUGACGCUUGGUCAUAACAUUGUCAAACAGACCGAAAUAGAACAUAAAAUGAACAUGGCGCAGCUGAUGGCGUUACAAAAAUUCGCACAUGGAGCAACCACUAUUGCAACUUCAAACGCAGCACUAUAUGAAAAUGAUAUGCACUAUGACAACAAAACCACCAUCAACAAGGAAAUUUUAUGCAGAUACUUUCCAAAAAUUUUUUCAGAUUUCUUCAAUCUAGAACUUAGAUGAAAAUUGUAUUCGACUUUUUGGUGGUAAUCCUUUCUGUUCUUCAACCAAACCUCAGCUGCAGAAAGACUGUAAACCAUUAACUUCUCCCCGCCAUAUGUAUGUAUAUAUAUAUAUAUCACCCGUUUUCAAAAAGGUUUUCAUAUAGAUAGAUAUAUAGAUACAUAUAUACCUUUGUUUUCUUGCACGUGCGCCCGUGUGCAUUUACACUUGUUAUUGUCCAACUUGCGAAAGAACUUGGUUAAACGAUAAAUUUUCUUAUAAAUUUUCUUAUAUAUAUAUAUAUAUAUAUAUAUAUAUAUAGAUUUGCAGAGUUGGAUUAUUUGGUCGAAGACAUUUAUUGCUACUCAGAGUUUCAUGCUCCUUGCGGAGCAAUCAUCAGGCAACUGCUAAAAAUAACGGAUACAUAUGAAGAUAUACAAAAUUGGAAAAUACAGAACAAUGCGAUAAUAUAUAUAUAUAUAUAUAUAUAUAUAUAUAUAUAUACAUAUAUAUAUAUAAUAAUAAUGCAAUAAUAUAUAAAUGCAAUAAUAUAUAUAUAUAUCUGUCUGAUUUUAGAAAAAGGUACCUAUCUAAGAAUCCCAACCAUUGCCUAGUGUAGUUUUCUAACUCACUGUCGUACCGGAAUGGUCAAGCAGCAAAUAGUAGUUUUCAACAACAACAACAAUUUUUUUAUUAGCGAAUGAUAACAUUGUGCUAUACAGUGAAACCCCUUGCCUAAGAACCUAUAUUUUAAGAACCUGUUUAGUCUAGAAAUUGAAACAAUUUCUUAGUUUCUAAAAUCUCUGAAAAAAUUUGCCUGUACCCUUGGGCAAAAGCUAGAUCAGUCACUAUUCAGAAUCCUCUUUGAAGACAUACUUGCAUUAUCGCUCUAACUGGACUGUUUAAAUGCCAAUGAGGUCAAUGCUUUAGGUUUUCUUUAUAUGGUCGUUUUUACAUAACGUCUUAUUUGGUGUGCAGAUUUUAUAUGAGGAAUAAGCUGAACCACUAAAUUCGCUUGGCUAUAUUGUAUUUUUCUUAUUCAGAACAUAACCUGUGUAAGAACCUAAAUAGCCUUAACCUGUACUAACUACCAUUUAUAUAUUAAAAAGAAUAACCUGUUUAGGAUAACUUUGAAAAAUCCAGGUUCUUAGUCUGUUGGUACGUUUUACUGUAAGACAAAGGCAAGGCGAAGGAAACUGAGGUGCUGCGUUAAAGAGGAAGCUAAUUAGGACACACGAUUAAUGUUCAAGUGAAAGGUAUAUAAUGAUAACUUUCAAUCGUCAAUCUCGCUCCCCUCUUGGAUACAUGGUAGGGCAGCAUAGAAACAUUCGGCACGUUCACUUAAAUAUUUUCUAGCUAGAUUUAGACACUGCUGCUUUACAUCUUCACGAAUUGGCCUUAGUUCCUGCCUCAGUGUGGUCAGUAGGUCUAUUCGCAGUGGAGUUGCUUGCCUUCUCUUUGUGUACGAAACUAGCCUGGGUUGCUGUUUUGGGUCAAUAGUGAAACGCACGAAGGCGCAGUCGGGAUGAUCUACAACUUUCAGAUUGCCGCUGUCAUCAGGCUGUUCCCCAAUUCCAACAUUAAUCCACGCGAUUUCUUUGACCUCAAAUUUCUCGUGCUGUAAAUCUUCGUUUCUACUGACGUAUUUUAACUUUAAAAAUGACUUGUAGUCCUUUAUUAUGUCAAGACCUACCCAAUAGACCUUGACGCUUGAUAAACCACUGCUGACUAGAACGUUUUCCCAAUCUUUGGGUGUUUCAAUUUUCUCUUGGGCGUUAAAAACUUUUUGAAUGUUUCCAAAAUAUCUAUCGCACACACUAUACGAGUGGCCCUCCAACAAGAAUUUUAAGUCUGUUCGUAGGAAGUCUCCUCUUGUGACCAGGUAAUCCAUAUAAAAAAAUAGAAAGUUUUGCUUAAACUGAGCCGGAGAAUUGUCACACCACACUAGAAGAUGGUCAUACCUGUCUCGGCCUUGCUCCGUCUGAAGUUUUUUGAGAAAAUAGUCCAAGAUUGAGAUCACUUCAUUUGGGCCUACACCAGCAAUAGACUCGUCGUACAUAAAACAGUGUAUGACCUCCUGGUUUGCGCAGUAUAUACCCAUUAGGCUUGUCCUGAGCUUUUUUGAGUAAUACCAGUCUUGAGACGACACCUUUGGUGUAGGUAAGCUUUUGUGAAAAUCCAUAUGCAAAGUAAGCGUUUUCGAGGCCAUUUUAGUCCAUGAAAGGGGCUUGACUAGGUGAGGCUUAACACAUCGUGCCCUCUUUAACGCAGCACUCAGUUUACUUUAAAACUUAUCUCUUCAGUUAUUUACAGCUUGCGCUAGUGGCUCGAUAUUCAAAAAAAAAAAACUACCGUUAUCACUUACGUUUGCGACAGUCAUUGGAAGAGAAACUUAAGAGAGCGCGCGCAGGUCCGUUGACCUUGCAAACAGUUGUCUUCACAUUAGGGACCCUAAGCAAACACGACUUUGAGCGAUGCACGUCAACCGGAAGUGAGGCCUUCUCUUCUUUUAUAUGCCUUGACGCUAAAAAAUUUGUAUCGCUAAGUUUCUUUUCUCUUAUAAAGACGAUUUGCCCGAAAUUUUGAGCCCACCCACUGCCCAAUGUUGCAAAAAGCCCACUUCCGGUUGACGUCCGUCGCUCAAAAACGCUGUUGCUUAAGCUCCCUGUUGGAGCCAAGAGUCACGUUUGCGGCAAACGGCAAACGUGAAUUUGUACCACGUGACCAAGUGUUCCCUGUUUCUUGUUGUGAAAUUCUCAACUUGAAUCUGACGUUUGCUCUUUUCCGUAAAAGAGACUCUAAAUAUCUCUGUUCAGUCUGCCAUGGCUCACGGUUUCCUGUACUUUUUUGAACUGAAAUUGUAUGUGUUUUAGUGAAUCUUUUUCCGUGAUGCGGUGUGUAUUUUGUAUUAAUACGGGGACUUUUUUAUGUAAUGAAUAAUUAAAAGGGAUGACAAUUCGAGGAGGGCGAUUUUUUUAAAACAGAUAUAUAACAAAUACCCAACCCUUUUUCGGAUUCAGGCCCAUGUUUCAUGGUAGGAGGGAGGGCUACCCACCUAUCAUAAGGCAUAGGAAGGUUGUACUUUCCUCAAGUUAACAAAGCCUUGAUCUGAGACAUGCGAUUAGCUUUGGUAGGCUAAGGUAAUAGGCCCUUUGCAGCUAGUCAUUCACGUGGUACAAAACCGCCGUGCUGGAGAGCAAAAGUCGCACUGGGACAAGACUAACAAAGAAAAUUACCAUUUAAAAUUAUGCCGGUAUGUCUUUUGUCUGUCUUGUCCCAGUGCGACUUUUGCUCUCCAGCAUGGCGGUUUUGUACCACAUGAAUGACUAGCUGCAGAGGGCCUAUUACUAGUGCCAUCAAAUCGCAAACUACAAAGUUACCCACCUUCUCUCAAAUCAACUCGAACUCAGCAAGUACAAAUUCUUUCAACACUUUAUUCACCUUAACUAUACUGAGUUUUAAACUCUUCCUACAUUUUCUUGACCUUCAAGCUAAAGCAAAGAGGAAAUCAGCGUCGACAAUUCAUCUGCUAACUUUCAUCUGUACACCCAUUGACCCGUUUCUUAGACAGAACAAACAUGUCAUACUUUAAGGCAGCAUAUCUCCUUUCGCCCUCAAUUAAAUGAUUUUCACGUUCUGUUCUUAUUCUUUGAAGUUCUUCUUCAUUUCUGGCGCCGUUUGUCAUUCGUCCUAUCGUGUUUAAGGUCUUGUCACAAACCUGACAUGUGUCUUCUCGUGGUUUUCGAAAACCCAACCUGCUGCCGAGAUCUUCGUUGAACACGUUCCUGAAGGUAGUAAAACUUAUAACAGGACCUUUGUUUUUCUUUCCCAAACGUGUCGAGGUGAAAUUCGGGUAUUGUCUAGUAAACUGUCCCCACAUUCUCCUCAUAGUUGUCGGCGUAUCAAAAAAUUGUUUUUCCGUUCGCGCCCUUCUGUAGUGCGAGUGGUUUGCCGAAUGGGAACAGAUAAACUCUGUUACUUGUCUCCUCGCAUCUUCCGUCAAUUUGCGCGGUCUGUUACUGUGCCUACCCCGUUUAUCGGGGUCAAUAGAUAAACAGUCACAAUCCAUUUUCUCUAAAAAGGACUUUAAUUUUUUUAGGCGAUACUCCAUAGCAUUUCAUGAAGGCGAUUUUGCACACAGGGCCUAAAGCUGGGAUACUGUAGGUUAUUUUUCUGCGUCCGCUAGGAAAUAGUUCCACUUGCAUAAGUUUCGAUAUCACGUAAUUUUGUUCGUUGUAGUUUCUAGAUCUAUAGAAAGCUCUACCUCGUUCCUGUCGAAUAACUUGCCUCGCAGUCUCUAUGCCAUUCUUUAGAAGACAUCCACCGUUGCAGCAGACCAAAUUGACCGUGUCAACGUCGCGAUAGGCGGCAUUUUUUCUCCUUGACGGUGUUUGCUUCCUUGAAGAGUACCUUUUAUCCAUUUUGAAUCUAGUUUUUCUUCUUCCCCGUUCAACCGAGGAGGCUGUUGGUGGUCCAUGACGGAAAUGGCUCCAUUGAUUGUCCACGUCAAAGUCAUACAAAAAUCGGGAUAGGUCGGGAGCUGAUUCUGCUUCACUGUUGGAAGCUGCAGCAUAAGCCAUUAAAAAAAAAAAAACUAUCGACAAGCAGGAGCGACAAGCUUUGUUCGAAUCUUCAGUUCUACUUCAAGUUGUACAAAAACGCGCAUUACUGCAGUUACGUAAAAAGGGAGACGCCACCGUUCCACUGCUCGCGCAAAGUUUAGAACUGGCACAAAAAACGACUGAAAAAUCGUUUAUUUAUUUAUUUUUUCUUUUACAGAGGGGGAUUAACUAGUUAGGUUUUGCGCUUGCAGCCGUUUUAAGAUUGGAGAGUAUGGUAGAUCGCGUGACUGGUUAUUUUAGCGCGCCUCGCUUUGAGGCAGAGAGUAAGCUUUUUUGAAGGCUUAUUUCUCGGAGGGGUGAAUUUUGCAAGAGAGAAAACUGUGCAUAUAUAAAUAUGGAACAUAAACUACGCGAUGGAAGGGGUUUCAGGUCAGUGAAAAUCGUUGUUUUAUUGCUGAAGGACAGCAAAGUCAGUAGUUCUAGCAUGGCUGCGCUGAGAGAGACGAGAAAGUACUGGGACGGGUGAGUAUUUGUACCCAGAGACGUGGCUAUUUUUAGCUGUCGUCCUCAUCCACUGCUACCCAGGAAAGUAAUCUACACGUGAAAAAGUCAGAUCGAUUGUUCCACGAAAGCACACGUAAUUAUCGUAAGUUUUUGUCGUCGUUAGAAUUGCAAUCGCCACAAUUGAAAAAAGACACCAUAUUUCACAUCCCUGAUGAGGGCUCUGCAGUUCCUGAUUUAUUGUUGUUGUUGUCGUUAUUAUUUUUAUUAUUGUCAUUAUUACUAUCAUCAACAUCUAAGCCUUUGCAUUGUGCUUUCCUUAAGAAAAAAGCUUCACAAAGACCGAGACUAACCCUUAGUCCUAAGGUAUUGACUUCAGUUUCUAGGUCUUCGUAUUCUGAGAGUUUUUCAGUGACCUUAACAGAGGUGGUCUUGUCUAAACGCUUUGCAACGUAGUUUGCACGUCAUGUUUUCGUGAUCUUAGAUGACAAUGUCUGGUCUCUAAGUAGCGAAUCCUUGGUCGGUGUGUAUUUGCAUCUUCCUUAGAAAUGUAACAUCUUCAUGUUCUACAACUGUCUGUUGGCUUAAAUAGAUGAUACCAUUGUCCUGGCAUCUUUUAAUAUGAUAUUAUAAUUCGGCCAUAUCUUCCAAUGAAUGCACUUGCGGCCUGAUCAUGGCUAUGGAUAAACCGAGAGCCGGAGCACUAGCCUGUUCCAGGUGUUCAGAUAGUAGAGUACAGUGUUCAAAUGGUGGGGAGUCAGUUAACACGCUCUACUGUCUGAACGCCUGGAACAGGCUAGUGGAGCACUUAUUUAUUUUUUGUGAAUUUCUGGAGAGUGAAGGGCGGGAGGGGGUGAGAGAAAGGCACUUAUUUAAACCGGGCUUCUCUCCUUCUUAUACAGCACUUGUUAUAAUACAUAAAUUUAUUGGAGAUCCAUGUACUGUAUACUGUAUAUUUUGUAAGGAGAGGUGUUAAGGAAAAGGAGGCUGCAAUAGUAAACCCUUCUUUGAUUAUUAUUAUUUUCCAAUAUGGUCACUUUAUUGAAAAGGCAAGUUAGUGUCAAACUUAAUACUGCUAUCGAUCCCAGUGGAUCAGUUAAUCCCCACAAGAGGAGAAAAUAGCACAACUUUUUGUGUUAUUCCUGAUAAGAAUUUCCCUUUUUCCUCAUCGUUCCAGCAAACUCUAUUACGUUGACAAUUACGGUACUUGCAUGUAGCAUUGUCAAACUUAACUAACCCUGUGGUUCAAUUAAUUCAAUCCUGGCUGAAAGUUAUACUGUACAAAGUAAUUCUUAUGGAUGAAAAUGGCACAAAACUUCCCAUUUGUUUAUUUUAUUGUUCAAAUGGCAAUCUUGACUGAAUUUGACCGUAAAUAGUUUAGUGGCAACUUGAUCCCAUCUGAUCUGGAACCAGGGCAGGCUGAAAGACAAAAUGUGAAAAAAAUUAAAAGAAAUUUCGUUUUGAGCUACAACACCCCCUGCCACGCCCCCAAACCACCUACACAGCCAAUUUUAUGCUAAUAAAUAGCCUGUAUACAGACCCCCCCCCCCCCUGCAGGAAAAAUCGGAGAAGGGAGGGGAAGGGGGGGGGGGGGGUACUGCACACAGGCUAGCUGAUAAAGAGAGAGACUGGAACUCUGAAAAUUGAAGCACAAUAUUAUUCUGCAACCGCACGUUUAUAGUAUAUCUAUGUGUUACUGGCAAAAAUUAUCAAGACAGUCAAUUUAGAAAAGUCUUUGGCAGUUAUAGCAGAUGUGCAAUAUUCCUGCUUCCUGCUCAGAACGAGUUGAGUUUCAUAAAUUGUGCACAAGGUGAAUGUUAAGUGUAAACAAAGUUUCUCUACUGCACUUGCUUACCUUACCAUUACUUCAUGAAUGCCUGGUGAAUGGAUCUCUUGCUUGUGUUGAAAUGAUGGCAUCCGCCUUUGUUUUUUGAAGGUGACCAUGGUGACCGGGACGAGGCAGUGUUGCUUUUCUACCCAUUGACUGUCUAACCCAACUCCAGUCAGAAGAAGCCACCCCAACAUUCUUGUGCUGCAGGAAGUGAUACAUGUACAUCUCCAUCCAAGAGGAUUAAGGAGUGAAUUUGGCUAGCCACGUAUAUUUAAGGGCUAUCUACUGUGUUUGACUCCUCAACUAGUACAGCAAAAACACUGGCCCAUUUCCAACCUGUCUUAAGCUUGUCAUGGCUAACUGGAGGGUGGCACUGGUUUCUUCUGCAAAGUCUCUAGCAGUGUACACAGUUGCUGUGUGGAUAAAAUGAAUACAAUAAAACUUCUUUUAUACUGCACUUUAAAAGCUGGAGCAACCUAUUUCUGACUGUGAACAACUCGCCUUUAUUUGUGCAAGCAAAACUUGAAUCCAACUUCCUUCUUGAAGGAAUGGUUUCAAUUAUAAAAAAUAACACUAAUACAGUGAAGGUACUAGUAGGAUGUCUAGUCCUCUAGGCUUUUGACUGAAGAUGAAUGGAAUCAUUACACUGAGAAAAGAUUGAUUUCUGGCAUGAAAUGGUUUAAUCUUAAGUCUCUGUCUUAGCCAUUAGAAUGUAUCAUCUGGGCUGGUAAUUAGCAGUGUGUGCAGAUUAGGCAGCCGGAAAGAACUAGACAUUGCGAUUUUCUCCCCCAUUUGUGGAAAAAAAAUCCACGGCAUAAAAUCAAUACUGAUCUGGUCCAACCGACCAGUCUCGGUGAGAUUAAGAACUUACAAAAACACCAGCCGAAGAAUUUUCUACCUUCUCUCGCCAUUACCAACCUUUUACAGAGCAAAAAUCGUGCAGGGACUACAUUCUGUGAUUUGAUACCUUUCAUUCCUUUAUUGACCCUGUUUAUUGUAACCGAGGCGGUGUCUGUCAUGGGCUUUUUGACCAGUCCCCAUAAUUCUCUUAAGGGUCAGUGAGAUCUUGAGGUGGUUUUCACCUUUGAGAUCCAGCUGCAAUGCUAAAAGGUCCUUUGGCUCUUCUUUUAAGAUUAGGGAUGGGUUUCAAUUCUGGCAUAUAAUUAUGUGAACAGCUUAUACUUCAGCACACGCCAUAUCAAGUGCACAAAAUAAUAGACUACUGUUAAGCAUUUAUGUACCACAAGUAAAAAUAAUGUUUCCACUUCCUUUCCCCAGAAGAUGGUGCCGGUGAUUGUUUAUGUGGUCUGUCAGAAUGUGGCAUAAGUAAUGGUCCCCCUGGAUUCAAGAAGGAAAAUCAACACUGAACCCUAAACCUGAAAGAGGCAAUCUUGAGGUUGUCUAUAUGUUCAAAAAAGCUGUCUGCUUGACAAUCGGAGGAAAAGGCCUGUGAUGAAUCUUAAAACCUUGUUGUGUAUGUCCAACAGUUUAAUUCUCUGAUCAACUAGGAGAAUAAUAAAGUUUACAUCUCCAACAACAUUAGUACCAUGCUGUGGAGAUUGAAGGAUUAAUCGCUUGCUUAUGAUACGGAAUCCUUUAUUUCAAUGUGUGGACUAGACAGAAAAGACCAACAUAAACUGCAGCAAUUAACAAUCUUUGGGCUACACAAACAAGUAUGGAGGGUCAAUGGUUUUUUGUUUCAGUGUACUCCUAUGAUUAUCUUUGCUUUGUAAUGCAACAGUGUCUCGAUGACUCACACUUUGUUUCUGAUAUAUGCCGACAAUCAUUACUCCAUUUCACAUUUCAUUACUCCCCCCAAACGUGAGUUUAAAACAGUGUUUUUAAUCUGUUUUGCUUUGAACAAGCGUGAACAGCACAAGAUGAACAAUUAUUCUGAUGCAUUCAGCUGAAUUCUGAAUGGCUGAAUUGUUAUGUUGCUAAGGGAAUGUCAUGCUUGAUUCCGUGUGGGUUAUGUAAACACAAGACCAAUUGCCAUGUCUACGAAACGAAUAUAGGAGGAAACUUGUACAACCUCAUGAAAAGCCUUUAUUGCAACUCGACAUGUUCCAUCAAAAUCGGUGAAAACAAAACACAGCCUUUUUCAUAUUCCAGAGGUGUACGCCAAGGCUGUAUUUUAAGCCCUCUUUUAUUUAACCUCUAUUUAAACAAUGUACCACAUUUAUUCGAAAACACACACCUUAUCUGACCCAUUUGUUCUUCCAAAUGGGAAAAAAAAUAAAUUCACUUUUGUACGCAGAUGAUUUAGUUAUUCUAUCAAGAUCGAAAACUGGAUUACAGAACUGUUUAAAUGCGCUUUCCUUGUAUUGUGACAAAUGGAAGCUAAAAAUUAAUCCGAAAAAAACAAAAAUUAUGAUAUUCCAGAAACGCCCAAAAAAAUCUAUUGACAUCAAAUUCCAACAUAGGCAGUGAGUCAAUUGAAAUUGUCCAAGAAUACACUUAUUUAGGUACACGUUUAACUCCAACGGGAAACUUUACACUUGCACUCGAACACUUAAAAGAAAAGGCCCUUCACGCGUUUUCUAGUAUUCGGAAGCGGACAAUUCUUAACAAACUUAAUCCUAAUACUGCAUCCCAUAUUUUUGACACCAUGGUAUUCCCAAUCUUAAGUUACAACAGUGAGGUAUGGGGGGUGUACACCAAGCAAGAUUUUAAAAAAUGGGAUAGCUCCCCAAUAGAAAAAGUCCACCUCAAAUUCUGUAAACGUUACUUAGAGGUUAACAAUAAGGCCUCUAACAUAGCUUGCAGAGCUGAACUUGAUAGAUUGCCGCUGCUUAUCCCGAUAAAUCAGAAAAUUAUGAAAUAUUUUGUUUACCUCAACAACAAAGAUAAUGACUCUAUAGUCAAACAGUCUUUCCUUAUGUCAAAGAAUCUACAUUCAGGAUAUUUUUCCAAUUUCAUAAACAUGUUUGAACAAUACAAUCUAACCAGUUUAGAUGCUGAAUCUCUAGAUAAUGAUAAAAUUAGACGAUAUACCACAGAAAUGAGAGAGAAAUAUCUAUCUUUUUGGUGGCACAGCCUUGAAAAUUCAAAAAAACUAGAAUUUUAUAAAACUUUUAAAGACGAAUAUUCUACAUCUGAUUAUCUCUGCCAGCUAAGACGUUAUGACGAACGACAGAAUUUUGUUAAAUUUAAAAUAAGUAAUCACAAACUUAUGAUUGAACAUGGUCGAUACCAAAUCGAUCAUUUGCCAAGAGAAAAUAGAUUAUGUCCCUCAUGUAACUCAAAUCAGGUAGAAGAUGAGAUUCAUUUCCUCUUUCAAUGUAACAAAUACUCAGUACAGAGACAGGCAUUUAUUAAUCAAAUCAAUCGAAUAAUACCUGACUUUGACAAGAAAUCAUCUCCAGAAAGCAUAAAACUGAUAAUGAAUUCGAAGGAACAUCAUUUUAAAAUACAUAUGUUUUUUUUUGUUGUUGUUGUUUGUUUUUACUACAGUCUGCAAAUUAUAUUCAAACAGGUGUCGUGGUCCGGUUUUAGCACGCAGGUUCGAUACUAUUUUAUUCAUAUUGUCUUGAGUUUCAUUAGUGUUAUAAGGCUCGAUUUCGUUUGACUGUAAAUAUCCUAGCGAUUAAAUAUGUGUAGGCCUGAAAUAAACAACACAAGCUUGUAAGGGUUACUACACAGCUGCCAUGAGAGACGAGAACGGAUUUCGCAAUACAAUUUGUACUGCAGUGUCCAAUGAAUGUAACACUGUAGCUGUUUGCUUACCGAUUAUAACGAUGUACAAAGAAACCCUGAAUCUUGGAAUAUUCCUUGCUCGAUCCCUCUGAGAUCCUGGAGAUCGCCAUAUUUGAUUUUAGACACAACUGAAUUAUGGGUGCAGCACAGGUCACCCAGAUAGUUAGGGCCUGUUGAUAGAUGCUAAUCUUUGCGGACAGAGGUUAACAGUAGGGUUGGCGAAAAACCGUGCGUUUUAUAUUACAGAGAGUGAAGUUCGCGCUGGGAGGGUUUUCUUGUUUGUGAGAAAGUGUAUUCUUACAUAAUGGAGUAGGCCAUUUGCACGUGGUGUCAUUUUACCAUUAUCAGGGUAUUGCUUUCUUGUGCAAGUUAAGGCUUUUGUUAUUAAAACCUUACUGGGACUACCAAAUUUAAAUAGAAAAGAAAAAACGAAAUGAACUCUGGUCUUAGUAGUAAAAAUAAAGGGAUACGUCAUCGUACAAAUGGCCCACGGAGCUGUUGCCCGCGCGAAGCCUGGGUUUUGCCCGUUUGGGGCAAUUACACAGUCCUCCGCGGCCAUGCGCAACUUCGCUGCAAGAGAUCACGGUGAGUGAAACUGCAUUAGUUUUUUUUUUUUUUGUUUUUUUUUUUACUUUCACAAGUAGAAGUCUUGACGUUUCUGUCAGUCUUUAAAUGCCGGUAACUCUGGGAGACACUCGAGCAAAAGCUCUUGGUUCUUGCCGCAAGAGUUACCGGCAGGUAAUUGGGGUUAAAACGAGAACGGUAAAUAGGACAUCUUGCUUGGAAACCGCAAGAGGUGCUCCGAAUAUUUCUCUCUCAAAGCUACUAUUAACUUGAACCAGUUAACAAACUUUAGUAAUGCUAGUAUUUUAUGCUGCAAUACUUCUUUCCCUGAAUUGCUGUUGCUUAUUAUUAUUUAUUAUUAUUAUCUUUUUUCACCAGAGAGGGAGUAAAGCAGUGGUCACUGCACUAAAGGAGCCUAAAGAACUUUGACCCUUUCGAAAAAAACAGACCCAACGGACAAUACAAGGACCACGGAAAUAGCAUACUAGAUUGCUUACAAACCCUCUGUGCUUUAAGAAACCUUUUCUGGCCAAAUUAGAAAGAUCACCAUGGCAGAUUAUAAACUACAAGAGAUAGCUAACACUUGUGUUAUUUCUGUCUGAUUUCACCUAAAAAGGUACCUAUCUAAGAAUUCCAGCCGUUGGCUAGUGUAGCUAUCUAACUUACCGCCAUACAGUUGUGGUGACACACGCAAGCAUUGAAAUCAGUGCAUACUUUUUGUUCGUUAUACUCCUCCCAUAUUAGUUGUUGGGACAAGGGCCUCAGAAGCCGGUGGGGGGUUUGAGGGGAAAGGGGCGUGAUUCGCUGGCCAACCUCUACCACACUUGAACGAACCUUAGCCACUCUAAGGCCUUUUUGGUAAUUCAGAAGUUACGUCAAUUUGGAGACCACAGAAAGGGCAUCCAUUUUUUACACAGCCUCUUCUGUUGUAGGGUACCUUUUUCCAAAAUCAGACAGAUAUAUAUAUUAAAAAAGUAUUUCAUUACAAUAAAUGGAGCUUAAAAUUCAACCUAUUUAUAUCGGACUCACAGAAAACGCCUUCAAAACCAGGUACAGAAACCACACUGCAUCAUUCCGUCACACAAAACACAGGAACACUACGGAACUCAGUAAACAUGUCUGGUCCCUGAAAGACAACAUUGACUAUUCUAUUUCAUGGCGUAUCAUUUCAUCUAGCUCAUCCUAUAACAGUUCAAGUAAAAGGUGUAACCUUUGCCUCAAAGAGAAAUUUUUAAUUAUCUGUCGUCCCAAUCUAUCAUCACUUAACAAACGUGACGAACUUUACUUGCCGCCACAGAAACAAAGCGUUGCUAUGUAACAAUUAAACAUUUACAUUUAAAUUUUCCCCAACAAUGUAAUCUCAAAGUAUAUAGUCGAUGGUUAUGAAUAUUCUUAUCAUUAAAAUCCCAUGAAGAGUGAGAGAUCACGAAACAGGCUUGUCGGGAUGAAAGUGUAGUUUUUUUCCUACUUCCAAUAUUUAUAUCACGCUCUACUUUAACGUAUCGAGCACUCUACUACGGAAAAAUCGAAACACAGACGGAAGACUUCACUCUUCGUCAGCUUAAGCAGCUCAAAACCAAUAAAGCCAUUGGCAUAGACAAUAUCAGUGCCCGUAUACUCAAAGAUUCAGCCUCAGUAAUCAGUGCCAGUCUUACCAGAUUAUUUAAUCUUUCCCUGGAAACUCGCACCUUUCCUUCUCUUUGGAAAUUUGGAAAAGUGGCAGCGUUAUUCAAGAAAGGUGAUCGCUGUGAUGCUAACACCCAUUACUGUGCUGCCAACGAUCAGUAAAAUUCUAGAAAAAGCCGUGCACACCCAACUGUACGCUUAUCUUAAGAACAAUGGUAUCCUUACAUCUAAGCAAUUUGGGUUCAGACCGAAGUUAUCAACUGGAACAGCCUUAGCUCAUUUCACAGACAAUAUCCUCCAGAAUACGGACGCUGGUUCCUUUACAGGUGCUGUUUUUCUGGACCUGUCUAAGGCCUUCGAUACAGUGGAUCAUCCCCUGCUGCUGCAAAAAUUGACGAACAUCGGUCUUACCACCUCUACCACCCAGUGGUUUAGAUCGUACCUCACAAACAGAUCACAAAUUACAUCAGUUGGAGAUGCUGGGCGCUUUCCAUUUACGAAAAAAAAACGGAAAUUUCGGUGGUAGCAAAAGUGGAAUUUCCGAUUGGUAAAAAGUUGUUCCAUUUGGUCGUAAAGCCCGGUACGUGGCCGGGUGCCCGACCGUGGACCUGGAACUGGUACAAACUACAAGAAACGUCAAUGGAACACGACAUUCCGUUCGGAAAUUCCAACCGGGAAAACGGGACCACCUUUUUAGAUUUUCCACUUUUUCUGGGAAUUUUCCAGUGGGACGAACCGACGAAACGUGUUCCAUUUACCGCCGAACCGGAAAUUCCGGACAUUUUGACUAAAUGGAAAGCGCCCGCUCACUCUGCAUCUACCGAAAUGCCUAUUGGAGUACCCCAAGGCAGUAUAUUGGGACCUUUAUUGUUUUUAAUUUACAUGAAUGAUCUUCCGGACUGUCAUCUGGCAAGCGAUAUUAUUCUUUAUGCGGACGAUACUGUACUCUAUUACUCAUCCAAAAGCGUCAGUGAUCUUGAACAUCACAUCAAUGCUGACUUGGGGACAGUGUCUGAGUGGUUCUCUAGAAAUCUCCUGACACUAAAUAUAUCCAAAUGUAAUUUUGUUAUCUUUGGAAGUCUUCAGAAACUGAAUCGUAUUCAAGGCAUUUCGGUUAAAGUAGAGGGCACUAGUAUUCAAAGAACACAAUCAUUCAAAUACCCAGGCGUAACGCUUCAACAGUCUAUGUCCUGGGCAGAUCAUCUCGAUGUUAUCAGCAUGAAGAUUAAUCAGAGAAUAGGCCUAAUUAGGAGAAUCAGGAAUCUGUUGCCGCUACAAGCUAGAGUUGCCUUGUACAAUGCCCUAAUCCUCCCUCUUUUUGAUUACGGAGACGUUAUAUGGGGGGACAAGAGCAAUGGCACCAUCAUGUCAGAAUUACAGAUUCUACAGAAUAAAGCUGCUAAAGUUAUGCUGGGGCAACCACCCGAAGCUCGUCAACUCAAGCACUGAAGAGUCUAGAUCUGAAGUCACUGUCCACAAGAAGGUUUUUUCGCCGCUGCAUUGCAAUCCACAAGUGUGUUAUUGGAGAAACCGAUUUCAACUUUAAUUUUACUAAAACUCAAGCUGUUCAUUCACAUAAUACAAGACGCUCUAAUGAUAUUCGCUUACCCCUACCCUGAACAAACUGGGGUAAACAAACUUUUAUUUUUCACGCCGCGAAAGACUCAACAACACCGUUUCUUCAUGAUCGCGAGGCCAUUCGCCGAUCGAGUCUCUCGCCGAUAGAUAACUGCGGCUUGUUUAUCCGACAUCAAGAAUAUAAAUCACAAGUAAGCAGCUGCAAAUACAGGCUAUGCAGCCAUUCACUAGAGCAAUCGAGGCGGCAGUAUAGCUUCUUUUCUCGUUCAGCAAAACCAGCUCGUGGCUUCAAACAACUUCAUAACAAGCGACCGAGGUGACAGUUUUUCUCCGUUGUUCUUACUUUUAAAACUGCACCGAAAAUCCAGAUUCACAUUAAUUUCGACGGCUGUCACUUAAAAAUUAUUUUCCUUCACAUUAUCUGCCAGGUUUUUUAGCUGUUCUGCUGUAUAAAAUCCUAGAAUCCCGAUGAGUUUUUAAAAAACUAACGUUCAUCGCUACAAUGUUUUGAUUUUUCAUUCAUGCAGUCCAGGCGAGUGCGUUCGCGCGUUGACAGUUUUGAUAGACGUGUGACAUGUGAAUAGCGGACUCCCUUGUCUUUUCCGGUUUGUUCUAGUCGGGGAGAUUCAACGAGAUUUUGUGGGCACUUUUAAUAAAACAAUUAUUCCACUCGCGCUUGUUGGAUAUGAGAUGAUUAUAGCCAACUCGUUGGCUCUCUAUCAUCUCAUAUCCAACGCGCCCUCGUGGAAUAAUUGUUAAAUACACCCAUGUAUAAUUAAAAAUUGUAUGCAAGUUUAAAAUAAUGUCUUUAGCUGUUUCUUAAAAGUAUACAAUUAACUUGAACGAAAUGGAAUAAGAGUGAUGAAAAUGUAUUUGAAACAGCGUGAAUACACUUUUUUGUGGCGUUUUCGCUCCGUGACGUCGCAGUCGUGGUUGCUUAAUAUACACCUUAUAUGGAAAGAGACCGUGACUGAUAGGGAGAUCGGGUAUGCCAAAUAUGGAGAAUACGGACUCUACGUCUCCGACCGAGUUUAAUAAACUUUGGAGGGGCUAAACUGAAACGUCACUGAAAUUCGCAGUAGGCUGCGAGAUUAAAACCACACCAUUUGAAGAGAGAGCAUCAUGCCACUAGCAAGCAAGCUCAGAAAGAAAAAAAAACUCUAUUUUGCGCGUUUCAGCCUGAUCAUUAUGAUAACAAGCUUUAAUCGUAUCUCACACUUGCCCGAGCUUGUUUUUAUAAAGGGAGGCUCUCCAGCAAAGUGUGGCUCGCUGCGUUCCGUUAUUUACUCUAUGCCGCAUCUCUUGACGCACACGGAUCCGUGCAGAAGAAGAAAAUGAAAUUGCAUGAAACUGCAGGCAAUGAAAAUAUCAAACAGAUAGUUCAUACUUCCUUUUGAGUUCAUGGCCAUCCUAACUCUGGGGAUUUUGAAACUCGACCUUGGUACUAAAGUUCCAAGGCAACCUCAUAACAGUUACAAAGGUAUAAAGUAAAAGUCUCUUAUUACCGCCACUACAGCGUUUUUAUAAGCUCUAUUUUUUUACAAUCUGACUGAGUUAAUUCUCGUGCGCUCAUUGGCUUAUUUCUAUUAACAAUAAGAGGACAGACAUAAAAUUUUAAUUUCUGCAAGACGAAACACCGUAUAUAACGGAGAGUGUCUAAAAUUUACCCGCUUAAUACGGACACCGUUUAAUAUGGACAACGGACACUUUUUGUUUCCCAAGGCACAAACUCGCAUACAUUGUUUACCCCUGCUAUUUACGGACACAGGUUAUCUUCGCGCUGUCUAUUUUCCUUGUAACAAUCACGAGCUAAUUGUAGAUAUUGUACACUGUUCAAACAAUGACAGGUUUCUUUGCGUUUAAGAAGCAGAAUAGCGUGAUGAGUCAGUCUUUCCCGUGUUUGACCCUGGUACUAUAUAGCCAUUUAAUUUUUUUUUUUCUGUUACAAAAGUCUCACUUCCUUAUUGUCUUUCGCCGCAGUCAUUUUUCCUACCCUUCUUCCUCUUUGUCUGCCAUAGUCUUUAUAUCAAUACAAAAUGUGUCCAGGACGUUUUUUCGGAGAGCCCACUUAUUACGGCCAUCCGGAUGAUACGGACACCAAGGCAUUUCCUUUAAUUGUCCCUAUUAACCAAGUUCUACUGUAGUUUCUUUUAAAAAGUAAAAUGUUUUUUUUUACUCUCCUUUUUUCCAAAAAUUUGUUAUUAAUAGUUAAUUAAAUGUUAUUAACCUACUAUUUCCCUACUUCAUCGUAUGUAGCAGAGAUCAUUCAUCCAUUUGCAGGCGCAGAUCGAGGCAGCUUAAAAAUGCGAUGUCUACAGAUAUAUUUUGUCUCCCUUUCCCAUGUUAUUGCUUAACCUCGGUCUGUAUAUCUACCAGUGUGUGAAAGUCAGUAACCAUAUCCUCAAUUACUCUGUAUGCAGACAGAGAUCGCCACAGUGGGGCAGCUGCUGAGGAAUCUUAGAGGACGUGAAAAUUACCCACUUUGAACCUGUUUAUGUUCAGUAGAUAAACCUUUAUGAAAUCAGUUAAACUACAAGAAAAACUAAAGUAUUAAAUAAUUUUCUAGCUUUUCAAAAGUUAAGUUAAUUCUCAUGAUAACUAUUAUAAUUAUUUCCUUUUUUCCUAUAUCAGAAUGUCAGAAUUAUGGAAGUCUUAACAGCGCUGACAGAAAGAUUACGUACACUACUCGCAGCUAUAAUUGUGACAGUGGAAUCGGACCUGGUUGGUUUCGUUUUGAGGGGUCCGCCGGCACAAGAAUGCCAACUUCAUGUCCACCUGAACAUAGGUGUAACACUUAUGCAACCGGCUGGUUGAAUGGUGGACACCCUACAGUAGCAGACGGUCAGGUCACCAGGACGGUGUGUUUUCAUUAUAGUGGUAACUGCUGUUACUGGUCAACAAACAUCAAUGUGAGAAAUUGUGGUUCAUAUUAUGUGUACUAUCUUAAUGGUACACCUGUUUGUAAUCUUCGUUAUUGUGGCACUAACUAA